AUGAGUUCAUUGGAUCUCAAAAGGGUUCUAUGCACUCUGAUGCUGGCACUGGUCAUGGCGGCGCCGGGCGGGGCGCUCGCAGCGUGCGAGGUGGGGCAGCUGACGAUCACCACGGGCGCCAAGCCGAGCGGCGCGUGCUGCGCCAACCUGCGCGCGCAGCAGGCGUGCUUCUGCCAGUACGCCAAGGACCCCUCCCUCGGCGCCUACAUCAGGAGCCCCCACGCGCGCGAGACCCUCGUCUCCUGCGGCCUCGCCGUCCCCCACUGCUAGGCGAGUAUGGCUCAGCAAUAGGUAGGCUACCUCCGUCGUCCAUGAGAGACGAGAGACUAUAGCUUUAGCCUAGCUGAAAACAUGACAUACUCUACAAACUAGUAAGUCUGUUGCUUUCAACGGGACGAUCGAGAGGACUAUCACACCAGAGGGACACAUCUUUUAUCACUACUGUUAGCCUAGCAUUUGAAAAUUUUGGGCACUAUAGCCGAGUGCAGCUCAGUGCGUAAGUGCGUCCACACCAUGCAUAUGGUACGCAAGUACUCCAUCGUGUGUUGGAACAAGAUGACGAUGACGAUCGGCGGCGGGCAGGUUGCUUCCUGGCUGCUGCUCAUUAAACUUGUAUAAAAAAAUCCUGCAAAAAAAUCUUGUUUUUUCUAUUAGUAAAG